CGCUAGUAGUCCUAGGGGUGUCAGAACCGAUCUAUGGAUGCAGCGGAGGGAGUCUGAGAAGAUAGGCAGCCGGAGCCCUGUCACCAGGCAGCGGGGCAGAAGGCCAGCUCGCUGGGGGGUGCAGCGGCUGGGAUCCGGCCCAUUAGCUGCAAUCACAAUGGUGUGGUCGUGCUGAGAGUCCAGAAUCGGAGGCAAGAUGAAGACUCUGCUGCUCUUGGUGGGGCUGCUGAUGACCUGGGAGAAUGGGCAGGUGCUGGGCGCGCCGGCCGUCUCACAGAGAGAGCUCCAGGAAAUGUCCACCGAGGGGAGUAAGUACGUUAAUAAGGAAAUUAAAAAUGCCUUCAAGGAGGUGAAACACAUCAAGUCUCUAAUAGACCACACCAACGAUGAGCGCAAGUCACUGCUCAUCAGCUUGGAAGAAGCCAAGAAGAAGAAAGAGGAUGCCCUAACUGAUACCAAGGAUACUGAAAUGAAGCUGAAGGCGUCCCAGGAAGUGUGCAAUGAUACCAUGAUGUCCCUCUGGGAGGAGUGUAAGCCCUGUCUGAAGCAGACCUGCAUGAAGUUCUACGCGCGCGUCUGCAGGAGCAGCUCAGGGCUGGUUGGCCGCCAGCUGGAGGAGUUCCUGAACCAGAGCUCUCCCUUCUACUUCUGGAUGAAUGGUGACCGCAUCGACUCCCUGCUGGAGAAUGACCGGCAGCAGGCCCACGUACUGGACACCAUGGAGGACAGAUUCGAAAAGAUGUCCAGUAUUAUGGAUGAACUUUUCCACAGCAGUUUCUUCAACCGGGAAUCCCUGGAUCCCUACCCCUUUUCACCCUUCGGCUCAUCCCCAAGGAGGCCUCUCUUCUUCAAUCCCAAGACCCGCUUUGCCCGAAACUUAAUGUCUUUCCCCAUGUUUGGAAUCCCAAACUUCCAGGACAUGUUCCGACCCUUCUUUGACAUGAUACACCAGGCUCAGCAGACCAUGGAUAGCCAACUCCAGGAACCUCUCUUCGAGUUUCCAAUGAUAGAAUUCCCGGAAGAAAACAACGAUAACCGCACCAUAUGCAAGGAGAUACGUCACAACUCUACGGGGUGCCUGAAGAUGAAGGACCAGUGUGCCAAGUGCCAGGAGAUCUUGUCAGUGGACUGCUCGGGCAGCAACCCCGCGCAGACCCUGCUGCGCGAGGAGCUGAACAGCUCCCUGGAGCUGGCGGAGACGUUGGCCAGGCAGUACGACGAGCUGCUGCGGUCCUACCAGCAGAAGAUGCUCAACACCUCCGCUCUGCUCAGGCAGCUCAACGAGCAGUUCAGCUGGGUGUCCCAGCUGGCCAACCUCACCCAGCGGGAGGACCGCUACUCCCUCCACGUCACCACGGUGGCUUCCCGCGGUUCGGACUCCAGCGUUCCCUCCGGUUUCACGAAGGUGGUUCUGACGCUCUUUGACUCUGACCCCAUCACCGUGACGGUCCCAGAAGAAGUCUCCAUGCACAAUCCUAAGUUUAUGGAGACUGUGGCUGAGAAAGCUCUGCAGGAAUACCGCCAGAGUACCCGGGAGAAAUGAAAUGUGAAGGUUGCUUUUCCAGGUAUGGGGGUGUCUGAAUCCUGUUGCCCCUGAGAGAACUCCCAGGCCCCCAGAGGAGAACUCUGCAUGUCACCAAGUGACCAGACCCCAGCCUUGGGCCCUCCUGACCCCGCCCAGCCUCUCCUCCCUCCGGACCCCGCACUCUAAUGCCUGCUGAUGGGGGAGGGACUUCCCUGCAUGCCACUAACUCAAUAAAGCUGCCUGUAUGCUCUGGA